AUGACUUUCGGUUUGGCUUGCUGUGCUGUCGAAAUGAUGCACUUUGCUGCUCCUCGAUACGAUAUGGAUAGAUUCGGCGUCGUCUUCCGAGCCUCUCCUCGACAGUCCGAUCUCAUGAUCGUCGCCGGUACCCUUUCCAACAAGAUGGCUCCUGCUCUCCGACGAGUCUACGAUCAGAUGCCCUUCCCCAGAUACGUCCUUUCCAUGGGAUCGUGCGCAAACGGUGGGGGAUACUACCACUACAGUUAUUCCGUUGUUCGAGGAGUCGAUCGAAUCGUCCCCGUUGAUGUUUAUGUUCCCGGCUGUCCCCCAUCAGCUGAAGCCCUACUUUACGGCAUCCUCCUCCUCCAGAAAAAGAUCAAGCGCAGCGCAAACGUCACCCACUGGUUCCGUACUGACACUCAGAAGAUCAAAAGAUGGUCGGAAGCGCGCGACGAGGCCAAGGAAAUCGCUUUCGGCAAAGACAAGUGA